AUGCUCUUCCUGCUCGGCGCCGACAACUUCGGGCGCGGCGUGCUGUCGCGGCUGCUGUACGGCGGGCGCAUCUCGCUGUCCGUGGGGCUGAUCGGCGUGGCCAUCACCUUCGUGCUCGGCAUGCUGGUAGGCGGCGCUUCCGGCUACUUCGGCGGGCGCACCGACAUCGCCAUCCAGCGCCUGUGCGAAAUGCUCAUGCUGAUACCGGGCUUCUACCUGCUGCUGUCGCUGCGCGCCGCCAUUCCCGCCGAUUGGUCGUCGUUUCAGACCUACGUGGCCAUCAUCGCCAUCCUCAGCUUCAUCGGCUGGGCUGGCUUGGCGCGCACCAUCCGCGGCCUGGUGCUGUCUAUCGCCUCGAUGGAUUACGUGACCAGCGCCCGCGCCAUGGGCGUGCCGGACCGCCUCGUCAUCGUGCGCCACGUGCUGCCCAACACGCUCUCCUACGCCAUCGUCUCGGCCACCAUAUCCAUCCCCGGCUACAUCCUGGGCGAGUCCGGCCUUAGCCUGCUCGGCCUCGGCAUCCAGGACCCGGAAGCCUCCUGGGGCAACAUGCUGGCGCUGGCGAUGGACAUUGCGCAGAUCAAGUUCCACCCGUGGAUUCUCAUCCCCGGCGCGCUCAUUUUCGUCACCGUCAUGGCCUUCAAUUAUCUCGGCGACGGCCUCCGCGACGCCUUCGACCCACGCGGCGUGCAGGGUAAGUAG